AGCAUGUGAGCAUCAGAGGAAUUAAGAUGGAAUUUGAUGCCCCCUAUAACACAACAGAAAAUAUAACCCUACAUAAAAAAUUUUGCCCGCUUUGUUUGUCAUUAUUCAAUAUUGUUCGAUUUGGCUUUGAAAACUCACCAAUCAAAACAGAAGAAUGAGAUAAAAUAACUUUUAAAAAUGAGGGGGCCUUGGCAUGGUGGUAGAUUUGCUACAAUGUACCUGAGUGUGUCAUAUUUAGACCAUGGACUUGGUAUCUUUAUAAUGCAGGCAUAAAGCUUUAAAGAUUUGAUCCUGACCAAAAUGCCCCUGUCGUAGGUAUCUCAUGCAAUGGACUGUAUUCAAUAUCUACUAGGAUCUAUGCUUAGUGAAAAAUGAAGUACAAGUGUUGGUGAAUAAUUUGAUGCUUAGAGAAUGGGGGAAUAACCUUAAAAAGAAUCCUUUCAUUAAAAAAAAAAACAGUUUUGUUGACAAUUUAAUUAUGUCUAUGUUGUAUGUGCUAAGUCAAAACCCACUACAUUCUUGAAUAUCAAGUCUUUGCAAACGCUGCCAUCUUUAGCAUGAUUAGAUGGGACAGUCUUCCAAUAUAAGUAGAAUAUCAUUCAUGGAUUUUAUGAUGGGAAUAUUGAUUUUUUGUAUUCCUACAGCUCCUCAAGUCACAUCAGCAUCUCAGUUUUUGAUCCUUGAAUCCAUGAUAGUUGCCACUUGCCACUAACACUUAUUAGGAUGGUUGGUGUAAUCUAACAUUUGAACAGGGUGCAGCAAUCUACUUUUCUUUUUGAGUAAUUAUGGUUGGAUCUGCUCCUUUUUUUUUGUACAAAAUUUUGCAUUAAUCAUGCCUGGUUAUUUAGUUUAUCAUCUAUAAGUUUAUGACUUAAGAAUUUGUGGCUGAAAUGCUUUCUUUUUAUGGAUUCUGAUCUAUCAUUUUCUUUGCACGCAGUUACAUGCAUUAUGUUGUGUUUGGAUUUAAUCUCACAGGUCAUGUCUUAUGUAGGAUAUUUGUUGGAAACGUGAUUUUAGUUGAUUGUAUGCCCUCCCAACAGAUAAGUUGAUUCAUGAAGAAAGUUUCACGAGUACCUGUGUCUCUCUUUCAGAAUUAUGACAAUUAAAGUGCAUUUAAGAGGUCUCGAAGCCUUUGUUUCUAACACAUCUCAAGUGCUAUGCAGGAAAAGAUGUUGAACUAUCUUGUCUCUGACAUUCGAAUGAGCAUUAGACAUCAUUAACAUUUAACAGUCAUAUUCCUUGAACAUAGCUGGAAGACGUGUGACGAUAAUAUGCUAAUGAUGCAGGUUUGCUUGGUUGCUACAAGACUGGCUCUCAACAUACCCAAUUUCUGGCAACUCCAGCCUACAGGAAAUGAAUAUAUGUUGCAUGAUGAAAAUGUUGACUAUGCCAGUGAUGUAUAAGGCAAAGUAUGUGGAAAGUCUGCUUAUUUGGCCAAUGAAAGCGAGAGUGGGUUAAGGCCAUCAAGGAUCCCCAAGAAUUAAUAAAGCUGAAGCUCACUUGUCACCAGUGACAGAAGUUGCAGUGGGGGUGAGAGAGAGAGAGGAGAAGAAGGUUAUAUAACUUUGUACAGCAAAUCGCAUCAAAACAGAACCAACCCAAUAUCUGAAAGAACCUUCGCUGUUCAUUAUCAAGCCUAGCCUCAUUUCCUUUUAUUCUCUGAACAAAACACCUAUUGGGUUUUUUGUUGCACUAAAAAAUCGUCAGUCUUUCUCUUCUCUAAUCUUUUCCUCGUUCAUUUCAUACUUGUUUUGAUCUUUUACUGUUAUUAGUAGUGCAUGAUUACAUAGGCCUAUCGAUGGAGAACAAUAUCCCUGCUGGCCUCAACAUGAAGGCUACCGAGUUGAGACUCGGCUUACCAGGGUCCGAGUCUCCUGAGAGAGAGACUAACAAGAAUAACAGUGGUGAUUCGCUGCUUCAUCCACAAGGGUUGAACAAGAGUCCAUUUGUGUCAGGUUCAAAGAGGGGUUUCUCUGAUGCGAUUCAUGGUGGCUCCAGAAAUUGGGUUUUCGCUGAAUCUGAGUCUGAUUUCGGCAAAGCUUCUAGUGGUAAUGGCGGUGGCUUGUUCUCUCCAAGAGGGGUUAGUUGUGGAAGACUGGUUUCUGAGUCGGAUACGGGUUUAGGUACUGCCACUCCGGAAGACAGCCUACCCCAGUCACCAAAGCCAAAAACAGAGAAGAAGCCGCAGGUUUCUGGUUCUAAUGACCAUGGAGUUGCUCUAGUUUCAAAGGAACAAGUUGUAGGAUGGCCACCAAUUCGUUCCUUCCGGAAAAAUACAUUGGCUUCUCACCCUCCAAAGAAUGGCGGUGACAAAGAAACCAAGUUCGGAUCUGAUUGUUUGUAUGUUAAGGUUGGUAUGGAUGGUGCUCCGUACUUGAGGAAAGUUGAUCUCAAAACCUAUGGAAGCUAUAUGGAACUUUCGUCUGCACUCGAAAAGAUGUUCAGCUGCUUUACAAUUGGUCAAUGUGGUGGUCAUGGAGUUCCUAGCAAAGAUGGGUUGAGUGAGAGUCGGUUGAUGGAUCUCCUGCAUGGUUCUGAAUAUGUAUUGACCUAUGAAGACAAAGAUGGUGACUGGAUGCUAGUUGGUGAUGUUCCUUGGGAGAUGUUCACCAACUCAUGUAAGAAGGUAAGGAUCAUGAAGAGUUCAGAGGCCAUUGGCCUAGCCCCAAGGGCCAUGGAGAAAUGCAGAACUCAUAACUAGUGUCAUACUGGCACCGUUGCUGGAACGGAGAUUCUAAUCAGUGAUGUCUAUGGCCUUUUAUGCUAUGUUUACUGUUUGUGUACGUAGUUGGAGACUAGGUGAUGCAAGAUCUACUAGAUUCUAGACAGCGCAGAUUUUAUAAGUUUGUCCUAAUCCUCUUCUUUCCAUGUAUUAAUGGCAGCUCAAGGCUUCAACAAUUAGGCUUUUACAUGGGUCAUUUGCUGUCUUGGAUUCUCUGUAACUCUCUGUAAGAGAAUGAAAUAAAGUCUGAUAUCAAUAUACCCUGUUUGCCUAUUCAGAAAGAAAA